AUGCGUGUUCGCACCUACCACAAACAUGCUAUCCAGCGCAACAGCCCUGCUCUGCAAGGCCUCCUCGUCUUGCACACGAUCUUCUCCAUUUUCUACUCUGCCCCUAUCUGGUUCACCUACCUCGGCAUCCGCUGGCACCUGGCCAGCGUCACGUCGCAGCAGCGGAUAUGGAUGAUCUGCGUGCUAAUCAUUUGGUUCUGCACGGAGAUUUUGCGGCUCCACCUCGGCUGUCUGGCCAACAAGCAAUCACUCUUUGGCGGACUCGUCGCAUUCCUGACGAUAACCCUCGUUCCACAGCUCCCGCUUGUCUGUGUUCUUUUGGGCGUCCUGCCGGAGUGUAACGACUUGGAGUUUAGUGUGUGCGUCACGCAGAUCCUGCUGUUGGUGCUGGAGUCCCUCGCGGCACUGCAGCUGUUGUUGCGGGUGACGCGCAACAAUAUCGUUGACUUUUACGUCUCCCUCGGCUCUCCCUACUGCUGA